AUGAAGGGUGUGGGCGCGGUUGUUGAUCGCCACAGUCGAUCAUCUUCUUCCUGUCAAAAUGAAGAAGGCUGGUUUGUUACUCCUCCUCCUUGCUUCACGUCUGUUGGUCCAGCAGACAUGGAGACGACACCUUUGGAGAAUCUUCUCAUUGAACAUCCAAGCAUGUCUGUAUAUCACAGCCCCACUGUGAGUUCAAUAAUGCCCGAGAGAAGAACUCUGGCCUCAAUUGCGAGUAAUAGCGAGUCGUUUGAUGACGAUACGCCAAUAGUCUUUGAAGCCGUGAAAUGCAAAGAAAAAUUACCUAAACAUCCCAAGAAAAAGACACUGAAAAAAUCUGUGCCCCUUGAUGAAUUCAAAAUUGCACCUGAAACUAUUUUGGGCAAUGUACCAAGUGUUUUGUCAUCUCCCGUUGUUGAGAUUAAAAAAGUCGAACGUUCUCAAACGGAAAUGUUUCCAGUAUUGGCUCCAAUUGCUAAGGCCAAAGUAUGCUCUCCACCAGCUAUUCGUAGCUAUAAAGAAGUAGCUGCAUCAUUAAAACGAAGACAACCAAAAAAUGACAUGUCUGAAAUAAAACACGUUAAAAUUGAAUCCAAAGUCGAAGUUGUUGAGUCACCUCAAGCAGUUUUGCCUAUGGAAGAAGAAACACAGACAGUUGUGAAAGUCUUUACUCCUAAAAAAGUCAUGAAAAAAGGUCGCAAACCACCAUGCCCAUUGCCUCAUUUUUCAUUAAAUGAGGCGCAAAAGAUGCCAAAAGAAAUAAUUGUUCCUAAAAUCCGUGCCCAAGAACGGUUGGUCAGGUUGAGUUCCUUUAGCAUCAUACAAUCUGAUGUGCCAAAAAGCUGUAAAACACCAAAAAGAAAUGCUGUAAAACCAGUUGUUGAAAAGCAACCAAAGUCGAACAGUAAUUCGACAAUUUGCGUUGAAGCACAAAAACCUGUGUCUGUUUUAGAUACGGAAGAAAAAAAGAAAAAGAAGGUACAACAAAAAUCUAUUGUUAAAGAAGUAACAUGA